AUGAACAACCGAAAGGAAGACAUGGAGAUUGCGUCCCAUUACCGGCACCUGCUGCGGGAACUGAACGAGCAGCGGCAGCACGGCGUCCUGUGCGAUGUGUGCGUCGUGGUGGAGGGCAAGGUCUUCAAGGCGCACAAGAACGUCCUGCUCGGCAGCAGCCGCUACUUUAAGACGCUGUACUGCCAGGUGCAGAAGACGUCCGAGCAGGCCACGGUCACGCACCUGGACAUCGUCACGGCGCAGGGCUUCAAGGCCAUCAUCGACUUCAUGUACUCUGCCCACCUGGCCCUCACCAGCAGGAACGUCAUCGAGGUGAUGUCCGCCGCCAGCUUCCUGCAGAUGACGGACAUCGUGCAGGCCUGCCACGACUUCAUCAAGGCCGCGCUGGACAUCAGCAUCAAGCCCGACGCCUCGGACGAGCUCUCCGAGUUCGAAAUCAGUGCCCCUCCCGGCAGCAGCACGGACGCCCUCAUCUCGGCCGUGAUGGCGGGACGGAGCAUCUCCCCGUGGCUGGCCCGGCGCACCAGCCCCGCCAAUUCUUCCGGAGACUCGGCCAUCGCCAGCUGCCACGAAGGGGGCAGCAGCUACGGGAAGGAGGACCAGGAGCCCAAGGCUGACGGCCCCGACGACAUUUCUUCGCAGCCGCUGUGGCCCGGGGACGUGGGCUACGGGUCUCUGCGCGUCAAGGAAGAGCAGAUCUCCCCGUCUCAUUACGGAGGGAGUGAGCUCCCUUCCUCCAGGGACGCGGUGAUACAGAACUCUUUCUCGGAGCAGGCUGGCGGGGACGGCUGGCAGCCCACGGGUCGCAGGAAGAACCGGAAAAACAAAGAGACGGUCCGGCACAUCACACAGCAGGCGGAGGGCGAUAGCCGGGCCGGCUCCCCGGUGGCCCCUUUCCUUUCGACGUCCGGGUGGCCAUUCGGCGGCCGCGACUCAAGCGCGGACCUGACUGUCGCCGAAGCCAGCAGCUCUGACAGCCGCGGGGAGAGGGCUGAGCUGUACAGCCACGUGGACGAGGGUCUCCUGGGAGGAGAGGCCAGCUACCUGGGCCCGCCCCUCACCCCCGAGAAGGACGAGGCACUGCAGCAGGCCGCCGCGGUGGCCAACCUGCGGGCGGCACUCAUGAGUAAGAACAGCCUGCUGUCCCUCAAGGCGGACGUGCUCGGGGACGACAGCUCCCUGCUGCUGGAGUACCUGCCCAAGGGCACCCACUCUCUGUCCCUCAACGAGUUCACGGUGAUCAGGAAGAAGUUCAAGUGCCCGUACUGCAGCUUCUCGGCCAUGCACCAGUGCAUCCUCAAGCGGCACAUGCGCUCCCACACGGGCGAGCGGCCCUACCCCUGCGAGAUCUGCGGCAAGAAGUUCACCCGGCGCGAGCACAUGAAGCGGCACACGCUGGUGAGUCGGCCCUUCUGUGCAGACGCCGGUGCCCGCUCAGCAGACAGAGGGGCUGGCGGCAAGCUGGCCAGGGGUGGUCUGGACGGACAGGUGCCGGGCCAUCUGGUGCUGGCCGAGUGGCUCCCUGAGACGCCUUUGUCGCUCCUGGGUGUCCUGGCACAGCCCCUCAGUUUCCCGCGUGGGAGCCCCAGGUUUUGA